AUGGCUUGACCACCCUCCUUCUUCCACACCAUGGGCAAGUCUCAGAGCAAACUCUCCCCGGAGCAGCUCGCAGAUCUACAGAAGAAUACAUACUUUGACAAACGGGAGCUGCAGCAAUGGUACAAGGGUUUCCUCAAAGACUGCCCUUCCGGUCAGCUCGAUAAGACCGAAUUUAGCCGCAUCUACAAGCAGUUCUUUCCGUUCGGCGAUCCAGGUGAAUUCGCUGACUACGUCUUCGACGUCUUCGAUGAGAACAAGAACGGCACGAUCGACUUCAAGGAAUUCAUAUGCGCUCUCAGCGUCACGAGUCGGGGGAGAUUGGACGAGAAGCUGAGAUGGGCAUUCCAACUGUAUGAUAUAGACAAGGAUGGUACAAUAACAUACCAGGAGAUGCUCCAGAUCGUCCAGUCGAUAUAUAAAAUGACGGGCCAGAUGGUCAAGCUACCACCAGAUGAAGAUACUCCAGAGAAGCGCGUGGACAAAAUCUUCCGGAACAUGGACAGAGAUAAAGACGCUAAACUGACUUACGACGAGUUCGUCGAAGGAAGCAAGCAGGACCCAACUAUCGUACAGGCUUUGUCACUGUAUGAUGGCUUGGUAUAGCCUUGAAGCGCUGUGUACGAUAUUCUUGGUUCUUUUGUCUAUAUUUGUGCUGCACUGUCUGUUGUUUGUCGUUCACCGCUCUCAAGAUGGACGGAGCUUGUUGCAGUUGACAUGUACGUAUCGUGUUAAGUAGUUUCCAGUGACACCUUGCAUGCAAGGUAGCUCUCAUCGUAGUCACGCAAGACGUUGUAAUUCAUUCAUUAUAUGUCCUCUUAUCAACCAUUAGUGGGUCGCAUAG